ACGCAGUGAUGCGAACGGUACCGGUAAAAUACAUUUCUUUCCCUACAUUCUACACACUCAAAGUGCUACCGCCUGCUACAACUGCUGGUAGAUACAUUUACUCUAGAGAGUGUACCAGCGACGAUGAGAACGGUGAAGGUAAAAAUAUAUUUUGUUCUGCUUCAUUCUACUCUUUCUUAGGUUUACAGCACUCUACAGUAGGCUGGGCGAUACAUUUGCUCAAAGCUACCGCCGCUUUUAAAAAUGUAAUAUAGCUUUCUACCGCCGUCGAAAAAAAGUAUUCUACCGCUGUACUUUACAUUGUUCGCUCAAAAUGGUAGCGCACGUGUUUACGUUGAACGUUAACAAAUGAUUAUUAUUUAAUAUAUAAACAUUAUGUGUUGACGAUUUUUUUGUAUUUCUCAAGACCAGAUUAUAUUUUAUUUAAAUAGUAGAUCGUUUGAUAUGCUUGAUAAUCUUCCCGAAUGGUGUAAUGAAUUAUUUGUUUUCAAGACCCUUUUUAAAUGAAGAAUUCAAUGCUUUGCUGCGUUGAAACGUACUGAUUAGAUUUUAGCAGAUGAAAAAGUAAACAAAGAGAAACAAUUUACUUUUGUGACCUUAUGAAAUGGUUACGUCGACUUGUCAAUUUUUUCCCUUCAUUAACAGUGAAUGUUGUUGUUCCUGAAAUCCUAUUUUUUCCAAAUCGAUUAGUGAUCGUGAAAAAUGACUGAUUCAUCGAAAAUAAAGCGUUUUUAUCGGGACAUAGCCAAUGAUUGUUAUAAGUGUGAAGGUGAUUUUAUAAUUUGUAACAUCGAUUCUACUCGAAACUGUACGUACAAAAAAUUAAAAAGUAGUUAUGAUCCCGGAAAUUUUGUUAAGCAUUUACGAAAUGUGCAUCCGGAAAAGGCUCUGGAAUACGGACUACUGAAGCAAGGAUAUGCACCAGAAAAGAAAAGGAAAAUUCUUAAAACAUCAAUAGCACUCGACAGACAAGCUGUGGUUGAAUCUUUGGUAAAAAUGGUAUCACUUCAUCACUUGCCCCUAUGCGCCGUUGAAUGGGAAGGUUUUCGAGAACUGCUAGAUCCAAUUUGCGAAGCACUUAAAUUUAAAAUCAAUCGAGACAAUAUCUCCCGCCAUAUUGAACAAUGCGCAGUAAAUAUUAGGGAAAAAAUUGCAGCUGAAAUGCAAGGUCGAUUAAUAUGCAUUAAAGUCGACUCUGCGUCCCGAUAUGGCCGUCAUGUAGUGGGCAUAAAUGCGCAAUAUAAUAAAGAUGAUACUGUGAUUAUUAGAACCCUAGCAAUGAUGGAAGUUAAAUGUCGCCAGACUGGUAAAUUCCUAAAGUCAAAAAUCGAUGAUGUACUGAAGAUGUACGGAGUCGCACAAGAACAACUAUUUAGUGUUACUUGUGACAACGGUGCUAAUAUGAUUGCCGCUGUUCGGGAGAUGCAGAAAGAUGCGGUUGCGUUCAUAGAUGAAGAAGCAGAUGCAGAUGAUGUAUUAUCUGAUCAGUCUAUGUUAGAGUACGAGAAAGAAAUUAGUUUGGUACGUUGUGCAGUGCAUACAAUGCAGUUGGCAGUGCACGACGUUGUUAAAACGUACGAUUCUAGCAUACGUGAAAUUGCUAAAGUAGCCGUAACUUGCCGGCAAAUAAUAUAUAAAAGCUCCUUCGAAAUACAUAAAACUCCAUUGCCACCACUAUUCUCUCGGACCAGAUGGGGAGGAGUUUACAUUAUGCUUGAACAUUUCAAGACACAUGAGCUUUUUUAUAGGGAAAUGGGAAGUUCAUACAACGUACUUGAUCUUGAUUCACAUUGGGAAUUCAUAUGUCAUUAUGUUGAGGCAUUCGAACCCAUUUUUAGGUGCACUAAAGAAAUGCAGUCGAAGCAUGUCAGCUUAUCUUGCUUCUAUAUUCAGUGGCUGAAGGCCAUUAUGGAAGUUAAAAAGAUAGCGUCCAAUGCAUUAACAACAAAAUUAGUAUCUGCUUUAACCGUCAGAUUAAGUGGUUUGAAAACUAGUAUGGUUUUCAAAGCAUGUAUGUUGUUGGAUCCCAGAUUAAAUUAUUUGAAUUCAAAUAUUCUGACUGUGGAGGAUAAACUAGAGACAAGGCAAUUUCUAAUAGCUACAAAUGACCGUCUCUCCAAAAUUCGAAAAAUUGAAAUGAAAAAUGAAAGUAAAUCAACGGAAACAAUCGAAAGUGAUGAGUUCGACACAUUCCUUACCGAAAUGCUAGGGGGAGGAUUACCCAAUACUAAUUGCAGUUCCGUAACAUUACACCAGCAACUUAACGCACUGGAUUUAGAACCGCAUCAAAGUUAUAGCUUUGAUGUUUGGAAGUAUCAGUGGAACGAGCGUUUAGUGCGUUAG